UCCCGCUUGGACGAAGGAUAGAAGCGGGAGCGCGCACGGACGUUAAUUUGACACUGGUGGAUCUGCCGCGUGUCUGAAAAAGCGGCUCCCCGUCUCCAUAGCGACGACACCCCGGAAAUACAACAUCAGAGUUGAGCAGUUCACCGUAUGUUUUUCUGCCGCUUUGUUUUUCAACAACAAACAAACUCAUAAGUUAUUGUGUUUGUUUGAUCGUUCGACGAUCGAUCCGAUAAACAUGUCUGAGUCUGAGGAGGACCUCCAGAGAGAGCAGAGAGAAAGCACGAAGAAGAAGAAGGGGGGGGAAAAGCGUAAGAAGAAGAAAAAGAAGAAGAAGAAGGAGGAGGAGGAGGAGGAGUGUAAAGAAGAGGAAGAAGAGGAGCAGCACGUUAAGGAGGAUGAGAAGCACAGUGAGUGUGUUUUGCUGCGUGGGAUCUUCAAACUUGGGAAGAAGAGUCACGACGUGUUGCUAUCCCGAACCAAGCUGACGUGGAUCCCCAUCGUCCCGGAGAACCCAACCGGUGAGGCGUGCGUCCCGCAGCCAGGUGUGCUACUGCUGCGGGAUGUGUAUGCAGUGAAGGUGAAGCGGCGGCGGGCAGCAGGACAGCAGUCGGGGGGAGCCGUGCUUGGCGUGGCUCUGUUCUGCUGCAGGAGGAAAGGGAGGCUGCUCGAGGCGGAUACGCUGCACCUCCACAACGCCUCCACAGAACACACGCACACAUGGUACAACACCCUGAAGGAUCUGAUCACAGGGCCCAGCAGUCGUCCAAGGUAUCUAAAGGUGUUCAUCAACCCCAGCAGCCACAAGAAGGAGGCCGUUCACAUCUACAGAGAACACGUGGCUCCGCUCUUCAAGAUGGCUGACGUCCGCACUGACAUCACCGUGACGGAGAGGAAGGGUCAUGCUCUCUCAGUGAUGAAGGAAUGCAAGCUGGAUGGAUAUGAUGGGGUGGUGUGUGUUGGUGGGGACGGGUCGGUGGCGGAGCUGUGUCACGCUCUGGUCGUCAGAGCUCAGCUGGAUGCUGGAUCACCAGAGAAACCAGUGACAGCAGUGCUGCCUCUUGGAAUCAUUCCUGCUGGUUCUACAGACGUGGUUUCCUGUUCUGUUCAUGGUGUCAGAGAUCCAGUCACUGCAGCCCUGCACAUUGUCCUCGGUCACUUGCAGCAGGUGGACAUGUGCAGCUUCUCGUCUCUCGGUCAGUCGGUGCAUUUCGGUUUUUCCGCCAUGUUUGGUUUUGGUGGACAGUGCUUAGCGCGGGCGGAGAAGAAGAGGUGGAUGUCCUCAUCGCGGAGACGAGAGUACGCCCUGGUGAAGACGCUGGCUAGGCUGAGACCAGAGGACUGUCAGUUGUCCUUUCUACCAGCGAAGAAGUCAAUCAGAGACAAGGAGCCAGAUUCAGAAGUGGAUGAGUCCUGGAUGACCAAUCAGGGCUUGUAUCUGAGCAUCAGCAUCAUGUCCGUCCCCUGUUUGAGCCCACACACACCUCGAGGUCUGGCUCCUAACACCAGUUUGGCAAAUGGGAGCGCAGCAUUGAUCGCAGUCGGAAACACUUCCAGGUCAGAGUUCAUCAAACACCUGAAGAGAUACAGCAGCUCGAGUGGACAGUUUAGCUUCUCAUUCGUGGAGACGCAUGACGUGUCCGCAGUAAGGAUCCGCCCUCGGUCGCUGGUGGCCUGGCCGGAGGAGGAGAGUGAAGAAGAGGGUGAGUCCAAAACCUCACCAAUCAUCCAAUCAGAGGCAGCAGCCUUCCCCUGGAACAUCGAUGGAGAGUUGAUGGAGAUCGCUAACGAAGUGCUCGUCAGGGUCCACCCGCGGCUCAUCACUCUGUACGGGGAGGAGGUGGACGAGUCCGAGUCGACCGUCUCCUGCAGCUGCAUUUGAGUCCACAAGAGGGGACAAAGACACAUUGCCAUGGUAACAACAAUGACUCCACAGUGCCCUCCUGGGUCGUUUCCAUCGCGAUGUGAACUAACGUAGAAAGUUUUAUCAAAGUAGCAUCAGAGCUUUGCAGCUGCCUGUUUACGUCAUGUUAAAGCUGUAUUGAUUGGUCUUAAUUUUAUUUGAUUACUGCAGCUUUAAUAACGUCACUUUUUAAGCUCAUUUUAACUACGUGUGCUUUAUGAGGUCUAAACCUGACUGAUGAGGAUAACCAUUGUUUUAUUUUCAUUUAAAUUAACGUCUACAUUUUGGAAGAUUUUACUAACAAGCUCUUCUCAGAUGGCUAUAAUUUACCAAUGCCUAUUUUUAUAUUAUCUAUUUUCAUUUUGUUUUACCUUUCCAGUUUUGGGUUCUGCUGCAGAGAAUAUAUGCAAAGUUAAAAUGAUUGAAAAAAAUAUAACGUUUGUGUUAAAUGUUGACUUUUUGUAGCUUUUUGUACAGAUGAGCAGAACCAGCCCUAGGUGUCCAAAGACUGUAAUAUUUGAAUAUGACCUUUUUAUUACAUUAUUUUGAUAAAGCAGUCUUUUUUUUAGAGUAACAGAUGAAAACUAUACAAGUUGUUUAAAUAGAAAACCCUUCAUUUUAAUAGAAAAGUGUUGCUAAAAGCAGUGAGACUCCAGUGCAGAACAACUUUACAUAAACAAAAACAUACUCAUAAUUAAAAUAGUAAGAUAUUUCUGUGUGAUGUGCAUUUGUAUUAAAUAAACAUAAUGGAAGGAAGCGGCUGGCCUGAUUAUCAAACAUUUCUUCAAGUAGUCAUUCAACAUUCAACCCUGUGGCUCCCCGGGUUUAUGCUGCAUAUUCACAAAGAUAGUUUAGCUUGCAUCAAAAAGCAGUUUGCCAAAAAAAUAUUAUUUAAUUUCUCACAUACUUAUCUUUGAGUAUCCUAAAAAGCGCUCUAUAAUUUAAAUGUGUCAGAAUAAAGGGGAGGUCUUUGUGACUUGCACUGGCUGGUCACAACCCGAGAGCAAACCCACCAAUCAUGCAACUCGAAAACGAAAUAUCUGAAGUAGUAUUGAAUAUCACUC